AUGGUGCAGAUGGAGAAGAUCUUCUUGGCGUCCGUGUUGGCGUACACGUUGCCAAAGUCGACGCUGGUCAGGCUGCUGAGGCUGGAGCUGCCGGGACCUCUGCUGGCAGCACACUUGGACACGCCCCUGCUCACGCUGGGCACAGCACGCCCAUGCAGCGACAAGGCUGCAAGCAAUUUCGCAUCAGCACACCUGGGCCUGAUGAGAGGGAGCAACAUAAAAGCCAGCGGACCCAAAGGACCUUCUCUGGCACCACUCCCUCGUUCCUUGCUCGCCUUCUUUGUGCUCUUCCUCGUUCCCGUGUUUGAUGUCCCUUGUGUCUUCCACAGUGUCUUCCCUGUUGCCUGUGAUCGUGUCCUGCCUCACGACCUCCACCUGGAUCUCUGCUUGCCUCCCUCGACCCUUGACCUCUGCUUGGACUCGGACAUCAUUGCCUCUCUCCAGCCCCCAACUGCUUGCCUCCCUGCUGACUGCCUCUUCGCCUUGCCCCUUGGAUUUGACGAACGAUUCAUACAACACGCACCGACAACACCCCCUGCUCAAGGAAUCAGCUCUGAACCAGUGGAGGACACAGACACCACCACCUUUGUGACCCAAUUUUCUUUGGAGGCCAAUUACCCCGUGCAAGUUACUGAUCCUCAUGAUGCUGUGACUCUUCACCUGAGCUCCAUGCCUCCUGGAUACCUGAGCACAUCCAACAUAAUUAGUCAGCCAGUCAAAAAUGUUGAAGAAUGUUCCUGUCCAGCAUUGACUUCAUCAGACGAUGCCAAAGAAGGACAAUUCCAGCUGAACAACGCCUGUGAGAAGUGCUGCCAGCCUGCGCCUCCUCCGAAGAUCAGCGACCUCAUGAAUGACAAAGAUCUUCUGGACAUACUGAGGCUGAAACUGGAUCCGUAUCACUGCACCGUGAAAAACUGGAAGAACUUUGCGAGUCGUUGGGGGAUGAGCUACGAUGAACUUGCCCUGCUGGAGCACCGGACACAAGGUUCUCUGUCCCACAGCCCCACCCAGGAGUUCCUCCUACGGUACAACCAGAAACCAGUGGCAGAGCUCACAGAACUGUGCCGCAUUUAUAAGCGCAUCGACGUGCUGCGAUUGUUGCAGAGCUGGAUGGAGAGCGUUUGGCCGUCACGCUGGCAACACGCCAACUAACACACAUCCAACAACUCAAACAUCUUCUGUGGAAGAUACAAGACUCAGCUUCAUUGGUCUCCCUUAUCUCUCGUCAGCGGUAUGAUCCACACUAAAAACUAACAAAAAGAUACUUGAGUUUGGUUUGAUUACUUGAAGUUUUGUCAGUGAAACUGAAGUGAAUUAAUUAACUUAUAUCAUAUUUUGCUAAUGGUGAAGAUUUAUAUCCAGCCUGGAGAAGGCAAACCACUAAGUUUAAGUAAACAGUGGUAUUUCAGUUUGAGCACAUAAUAAGAUAAGGCCCCUUAGUUUGAUAUUCGCAGGUGGAUUGGAUCACUUCUCGUAGGAAAAGAGGCUUUAAAGGGGAACAUUAUCACCAGACCUAUGUAAGCGUCAAUAUAUACCUUGAUGUUGCAGAAAAAAGACCAUAUAUUUUUUUAACCGAUUUCUGAACUCUAAAUGGGUGAAUUUUGGCGAAUUAAACGCCUUUCUAAUAUUCGCUCUCGGAGCGAUGACGUCACAACGUGACGUCACAUCAGGAAGCAAUCCGCCAUUUUCUCAAACACAUUACAAACACCGAGUCAAAUCAGCUCUGUUAUUUUCCGUUUUUUCGACUGUUUUCCGUACCUUGGAGACAUCAUACCUCGUUGGUGUGUUGUCGGAGGGUGUAACAACACGAACAGGGACGGAUUCAAGUUGCACCAGUGGCCCAAAGAUGCGAAAGUGGCAAGAAAUUGGACGUUUGUUCCGCACACUUUACCGACGAAAGCUAUGCUACGACAGAGAUGGCAAGAAUGUGUGGAUAUCCUGCGACACUCAAAGCAGAUGCAUUUCCAACGAUAAAGUCAAAGAAAUCUGCCGCCAGACCCCCAUUGAAUCUGCCAGAGUGUGUGAGCAAUUCAGGGACAAAGGACCUCGGUAGCACAGCAAGCAAUGGCGGCAGUUUGUUCCCGCAGACGAGCGAGCUAAACCCCCCUGGAUGUCUUGGCUCACACCGUCCCGAGAUGAUCAAGAGAAGAAUAUCGACCCUAGCUUCCCUGGCCUGCUGACAUGAGGGUAUGUCUACAGAAUAUAUUAAUUGAUGAAAAUUGGGCUGUCUGCACUCUCAAAGUGCAUGUUGUUGCCAAAUGUAUUUCAUAUGCUGUAAACCUAGUUCAUAGUUGUUAGUUUCCUUUAAUGCCAAACAAACACAUACCAAUCGUUGGUUAGAAGGCGAUCGCCAAAUUCAUCCUCGCUUUCUCCCGUGUCGCUGGCUGUCGUGUCGUUUUCGUCGGUUUCGCUUGCAUAUGGUUCAAACCGAUAUGGUUUCUUCUUCAAUUUCGUUUUCGCUACCUGCCUCCACACUACAACCAUCCGUUUCAAUACAUUCGUAAUCUGUUGAAUCGCUUAAGCCGCUGAAAUCCGAGUCUGAAUCCGAGCUAAUGUCGCUAUAGCUUGCUGUUUUUCCGCCAUGUUUGUUUGUGUUGGCUUCACUAUGUGACGUCACAGGAAAAUGGCCGGGUGUAUAUAACGAUGGUUAAAAUCAGGCACUUUGAAGCUUUUUUUAGGGAUAUUGCGUGAUGGGUAAAAUUUUGAAAAAAACUUCGAAAAAUAUAAUAAGCCACUGGGAACUGAUUUUUAAUGGUUUUAACCAUUCUGAAAUUGUGAUAAUGUUCCCCUUUAAUAGGGACUUCGUAAUGCAAAAGUGAUAACCAUAUCCUUGAGAAUAGACUACCUGUGUAGCUCAACGCCAACAUUUAAGUUGAUUGAUUAAUUGAUUAAAACUUUUAUUAGUAGAUUGCACAGUACAGUACAUAUUCCGUACAAUUGACCACUAAAUGGUAACACCCGAAUAAGUUUUCCAACUUGUUUAAGUCGGGGUCCACGUUAAUCAAUUCAUGGUAAAAUGACUUAAAGCAGUUGUUUUCCAGACACUUACACACAAACAUCUCCUUUUAUGGUCAGAAUGUGCUCUCCUGACUUAGCACACACACCCAGAGGCAGGAAGGAGGAAUAUAAAAAGAGAUGGUUUGGCUUCAGAGUUCCUCCAGGUACUGCAGACCUGAAUAA